AUGACCGACUGGUUAGAGCAAUACUCCGCCGCGCUAGCAGUCCGCGAUGCUCGCGAGCAAGCCCACAAGCCAUACAUAGACGCCUUCACCCGUCUCGCCGAUCGUACCGCCUCCGCCGCUCUCACACCCGCGACGACAAAUCCACCCCUACCUACCUCAUCGUCACCAGCAUCCCUUCCAAUACGAACCUCGACCCCUUCGCAACCCUCGUCCACCACCAGCGACAACCUGACCACUCUACGCAACGACCUAGCAGCCAAUCAGAAAGCCCGCGCCCUCCUGUCCACCCAACUUUCCUCCCUGCAGACCGAGCACACCGCGCUCCAGUCCUCAUCGACCCUCCAAGCCCAGUCCAUCACACGCCUCACAACUCAAAACCGAAACCUCACUCGUUCCCUCCGCGACCGCGAAGAGGAACUGAAAGGGAAGGCCAAACUCGUCCAGGAUGCGCAAGAUGAAAUGGUGAGUCUGGGACUGGCGCUGAGUAUGGCGGAACAGAAAGCGGAGCGCUUGGAAGGGGAGAACCGUGAACUGGUGCGGCGGUGGGUGGAGUACAAAGAAGGGGAAGUGGAGAGGGAGAAUCAGAGGAGAGGGUGGGGAGAUUGA